AUGAAAAUUGUAUAUAUAUUGUUAGGGUACCUUGUUAAUUUUUUAAAUUCAAAGUGCGAUGAACUAAUAAAACCAUCGUUAGUAACCUGUUACUCAUACAUAUAAAAGUGUUCUAUUUUAGAAGGAGAUCAAGAAGAUUAUUAAGAACUCUAGCAUAUCAAUACUCAAAUUAUUAAAAAAUCAAUCUAAAUUCCUUAUAAAGAUGAGCCAAUUUUAAUAAGAAUCAUUAAUUCUUUAAAUGAAAAUAAAAUACAAGACAAGAUGAUGUGCUUUUUAUUUCUUAAUAUUGAAUAUUAUAUCACUUGUAUAAACUUUGACUUAAUUUUUUAUGAGGAAUAAACAAAUUUUAAUGAGCUGAUUAGAAUAGAUACAAAAAUAUUAGCUAAUGAACAUUGUGAUGAAAUAUUUACAAAUGAAGAUGGAAGUUUGAGUUUAUUUUGUAUUGGUAAAUUUACUUUCAAAUAAUAUUCCUUGUAUUUACAAGAGAAUGUAACUUUAAUUAUGGAGCAUGAUUUUACAGAUCAAAUAUAAGAUGGAUGUAAAAAAAAAUUAUUGAAAUAGAAGGAAAAUUUAUAUUUCAUUAUAUUUUAUCAAUGUUCUAAAUUUAAGAUAAUGUUAAUUAAAAAUAAUCAAGUUAAAACUAUAUUUGAUGAUUAAAUGAAAUAUUAAGACAUUUAAUUAUCAAACUUCUCUUUUAUUGAUGAUGUAUAAUUUUGUGAACCUAAUGAUUUAACUUUUGGUCUCAUUUUGAUAGAAAAUGAUUUUUAUUUAUAAAUUUAUUAGGCAUAUUUUGAGAACAGCACUCCAUCUUAUUUAUUAUUGUAACACACAAAUCGAAUUCAAAAAAUAGUAAUUUAACCCAGAUGUAACAUUAUCAUUUUAGUCAAUAAAUUAGAUAUAAGCAAUUCAUUAACAACUAAUCCUUAAUAAACAUUAGAGAUAAUAUUAAAUUAACAAUACUCAAAUAAUAAUAUUCACUUUCAUUCCAAUCUUCUUUUCUUAUAAAACUAAUUUGAAUUAAAUGUAUAAAUAAAUGCUCGCAUUAAUUAGACAUAUGAAAUUUGGAACACUUCAUUACAUUUUUUUGACUUUAGUAAUUUAUUCUGUUAAUUUGACUAAACAAAAAAGGUUAUAUAAUUUUAUCAAUAUUAUCCAUUAAGUGCUUAUAUAAAACCUAAAUUAAAGUAUUUAUAUGUAAUUGAGAAAAUCAAUUUAUUUAGAAGAAAUGCUACAAUUAAAUGUUUUAGAAUAUCAAAUGAAAAUAAUACUUAAAAAGAAAUAUCAAAAUUUAUUGAAUUAAUAACAUUCCAUAAUAAUUGUUAAAAUAAGUCAUACAUGUUAUGGAAUUCAAAGAAUUCUAAUUAUUUAAAAAAUGAUAAAUAUAAUUUAUAUAGUAGCGAGGGUAAUAUAAAGAUAAGUAUCAGGAAAUACUAUGACUUUUAAAACAAUUGCUUAUAAAGGCUAUAUAAAUUUCAUGCAUAAAGUAAAUUUGAGUUAAGAGAUAUAAAAUAAAAUUACAUAUGUUUUCAGAAUGAAUCAUUUUUUUAUAUUUAUGAUUGUAAAGAAAAUAAAUUAUCAGUUUCAGUAAACAAAGAUUAAUAUAAUGUACUUGAAUCUAAGGGAGGUUAUUAUUUUUUUAACAAAAAUAACAAUCAAAUUAUAAGAGGAGUCAAAAUUUCACCAUAACAACUUUAAUUAUUCAAUCUAAAGUUUGAUGAAGUGAUUACAAGCGUUAAGGAAAUUACUUAAAGUAUAUUUCUUUAAACUAAUAAUUCUUAUUUGCCUCUUAUUAUCAUUAUGAAUUCUUAAAACAAUUUAUGGAAAAAUUAUCUCUCAAAAAAUCUUUAUUAGCCUGAACCUAUUCUAUUUUAUUUUGAGUUUGGAAACUCAAAAUUUAUUUAAUAUUUAAAGAUCUUAGCUUUUUAAAAUAAAGAAAUAUUCAGAUGUUAUCAAUUUACAGAAUCAGUAAUUAUUUCCAUGGAAGCUUUUGUAUAUUCAUAUGACUACUACUCUAUAAUUGCAAUACAAAAUUAAACUAAAUCAUUGAUUCUUACUUUUUUUAACGAGUUUGAACUACAUUAAAUGGAUAAUUACACCUUUUAGGACUAUUAAUUUUCUUAUCCUUUUAAGUACUCAAUAUACUACUAAAACUUAGCUAUUUUAAUUGAAUAAAAUAAUUAGCUAAAUAUAGCUAUUUUUUAAUACACUCUUUCAACUUUAUAGUUAAUUGAAAUUAUCGCUACAGAUGAUUACUUUUUUAAACUUUAUCCAAAUAAUUUAUUGUUUUCCUUUAAUAAAGUAUGGAGAUAAUAAUUUUUGAAUCAAAUUGAGGUUCAAUUAGAGACUGAAUGGCCUUAUUAAAAAACAUUAACAUCAGACUUUUCUAUAAGUUUAAAUGAGGAGAGUGGUAUUGAAUUAAAGAUUUAAAUUUAUAAUCAAUGCUUCUAGUUAUAUUCUCUAAAGAAUUCAUCUAUAAUUCCAAUUCAAAAGAAUUUAAAUCAAAAAUUAAACAUAUCUGAUAUUUUUUAUGGUCCAAUUACUAAUUUGACACUUUUAAAGAAUUCAAACAUUAUUUUGAAUGGACCUUUUUAAUUACAGAAAGAACUUUAAUAUUGUAAUUAAAUAAACUCAAAUUUCUGUAUUUAAAAAUAUAACUAUGAAACAGAGCUUAAAUAAUUAAUAUUUUCGGUAAUUGUUUUGGAAAAUCAAAAUAUUGAAGUCAUAAAAACAAAUAAAUAUAAUCCUUUUUUUUAUGUAACUUGGAUAAAAUACUAAUAUUAUCUUUGUAUUUAGUAAUUUAAAGAUAAUCUACAAAUUUAAUUAAUUGAAUGUUCUGUAGAAUAAGAUAAUAAUUGCAAUUUAAUCACAAAUCUUAAUGAGAAUUUCAAAAUAAGUUAAAUUAAUGUUGCAGACACAAUAAAAACAGGUAAUUUAAUAAAACUCAAAAGUAAUGAUAAUCAAGCUUUUAUUUUUAUUGAGGGAAUAAAAUUUGAUUUAUAAAUGUUACCUGAUAUUAUCGUAGAUAUCUUAUAUAUUGAAUAAUCAAAUGAUUAAUACUUAAUUUUAUAGAAAAAUAUGAGAAAUUCUAAUGAUUUAGAAUUAACUAUUUACUCAAUCAAUUUACAUUAAAAGCUCUUAAUAUAUUCAUUAACAAUUACUAAUGCACUUUAAAUAGAAUUGAAGAAAAAUGGAAAUUAUUAUAAUUAGCAAUAUACUAUAAGAUUAGUCUCAUGUAAAUAUUCUGGAGAAUUAAUUAAUAUUAAGCUUUUCAUUAUGUAUUAACAUUUUUCAUAAUUUUUGUAACUUUAUUUAGAUCAAAAAAAGAAUUACAUUUAAUUUGAGUUUUAGAAAUAAAUUAGAAAUGUAAUUACUAUCAAAUCCUCUUAACAUCAAGAUUUCAUAAUUGAAUAUAUUGAUGAUAAUAUUUUAGUUUUACAAUAAACUACUGACAAUAUGUAUCAAUUUUAUGAUCUUAGAGAAAAUAGGAAAUUUUAUGAUUAUUUUCAUAAAUCUAUCUUUUUUAUGGAAAUAAUCAGACUAAAUACUACUCAUUUCAUUUUUUACAAUAAUUCUUUGAUAUAUUUAGGAUAAAUUGGAUAUGAAUUAGUUUUAUAAAAUUGGGAUGAAAAUGAAUAAAAUUUUGAAUUAUUUGCAUAAAAUGAGAUAUCAAAUCAAUUAAUUUAAUUGUAAUUACAUAUAAUUAAAACAAAUUAGUAGUUUAAAAAGAGUAUUUUAUUCAUUUUCUUUAUUUUCAUACUUAUAUAGAUUAGAUAAAAGAAAUCUAGGAAACGAUAAAAAAAUAGUCCCUAAUGA